AGUAAGUGCAUUGAUUUUACGCAUGAUCGCACUCUAUCCAGCGCUCUGCCAUCAUGUCUGGGACUCAAGGGACGAUGAAUGGAGGGAAGGGGAACGCCGCUGGGGCUGAGGAGUCCUGGACCCGGGGUGACUGCAGCUGUCUGGGGCAGGAGCGGCCCCGUAAAUAAGCGCGCGGCGGCAGCAUGCCCUCUUGGCCCAACCAGUCGGAGUGCCUCUCCCACAACUGCACCAGGGAAGAGAAUUACGACGCCCCAGGGGACACCGAGCCGCCCCUGCCCCCUCUUCACCUCUACUCAAUCCCCCUCCUGACGGCCAUCACCGUCGCGUGCACGCUGCUCUUUCUCGUCGGGGUGGCGGGGAACGUGAUGACCAUCCUGGUCGUCAGCAAGUACCGCGACAUGCGCACCACCACCAACCUGUACCUGUGCAGCAUGGCGGUGUCCGACCUGCUCAUUUUCUUCUGCAUGCCGCUGGACCUCUACCGGAUGUGGAACUACAGGCCCUGGCGCUUCGGGGACGCGCUCUGCAAGCUUUUCCAGUUCGUGUCAGAGUCGUGCACAUACUCCACCAUCCUCAGCAUCACCGCGCUGUCGGUGGAGCGCUACCUGGCUAUCUGCUUCCCGCUGCGCGCCAAGGCCCUGGUGACCAAGAAGCGCGUGCGCGCCUUGAUCCUUUUCCUGUGGACGGUGUCGCUUCUGAGCGCCGGGCCGGUGUUUGUCAUGGUGGGAGUGGAGCAGGACAGCAUGGGCUUUCCCAAUUUCACCUCCUGGAUGAACGGCACUGGACCGGCCGAGGACACGCGGGAGUGCAGAAUCACUAACUUUGCGGUGGCGUCGGGCCUGAUGGAGGCCAUGGUGUGGCUGAAUUCGCUUUUCUUUUUCAUGCCGGUGUUCUGCCUCACCGUGCUGUACAGCCUGAUCGGCCGGCGGCUGUGGCAGAGACACAAGGAGACCAACAUCAGCUCUCGGGUCGCCCACAGAGACAAGAGCAACAGGCAGACCAUCAAGAUGCUGGUCGUGGUCGUCCUGGCCUUUGUGCUCUGCUGGUUGCCUUUCCACGUGGGCCGCUACCUGCACUUCAGGUUCCUGGACUCGCCGUCCCCGCUGCUGCUGGUGCUGUCCCAGUACUUCAGCAUGGUGUCCGUCGUCCUCUUUUAUCUGAGCGCCGCCAUAAACCCCAUUCUUUACAACACCAUGUCUUGGAAAUACCGGAGCGCGGCCGCGCGCCUGUUCGGCCUCGCCGACAGCCAACCGGCCCGAGGGCGCACGGCCAGCACCGUGAAGGGGGACGGAUCCAGCCUCUGGACAGAGUCCACGGUCAGCUUCUGA